AUGCCGCCCAAAGCCGCCCUUACCGGCUCUUUUCUCGUGUCGACAGAUGCAGAAAAUGAGGUUGUGUGUCCUCUCACAAAUCAAGAUGGCUCACUGUGCCGAAAGAGAUGCAUUGGAGAAAAGCGGUAUAGGUCGAUGCAAGAACACAUUCGACGCGCCCAUCCGGACUAUUAUAUUCCAAAACUCCCGGCUACCGAGGAGAGUUUCCAGUUGAUGAUCAGUACACCACCAUCUCAACGUCCACCACAACCCCAACAAUCGUCGGUAGCCGCGCCUGCUCGAAAAGGCCCUUCGGAUGUCAGUGGCCAUGCCACUUUGUUGGACCAAACAGCAACACUUGCAGGGACUGGGCAGGCUCCCGGUUCAGCCAGUGCCGCUGUUGCUCUCGCACAACUACACAACUGGGACUCUGAUUUUGAUGUAUUCCCGGAUCCAGACUACAAGCGCGAGGUGACUGCAGGCUUGGAAUUGCCGUCACUGCGUGCACAAUUCCAUGAAGAUACCCUGCCACCAUUCCAACCCUCGCGCACACGCGAACUUUUACCAUCUAUUCUGCAGUCACCCGGAAGUCGGUAUUCUUCAUUACCACCCAUCCAGCGACAACGCGAAAAACUCCAACAACAACGGGAGCGCAAGCCUUCAAUGGGACAGAAUGCCCGCAAGGGUAAACACGAACGCGGAAAAACUAGGGAAUUUUCCGCUAAGGACUUUUCCCGAAGGCUGAGCGUGGAGGGCCGAAAGGCCUUAUCCGCCGAACCGCCGACGGCGGCUUGGGUGCAGGGCAAGAGAUGGGAAGAUCUGAUCGAGGCUGCAACCACGGCGACGGAUGCGGAUGAUGAUCGUGAUCUCACUCCCGUAAGUCAGACGACAUUUUUCGAUUGUCCUCUGUUUACUUGCUGCUGCCAAGAGAUCGAGAUUUUGUAG